AUGUUUCGCUCCGUAUUGCCACGUCCGAGCUCUAAAAGCGCUGGGAAAGUCAUCGCAAAGACUUUGGACAAUAAUAAGACGGUUUUAACGGCCCAAAAACUGAGUGGAACCAGAAUGCUGCACCAAAAAGACGACGGCAAGUCCAACGACCCCUCUUUGCAACCGGAUGCUGCUGCCACCACACUUACUGACCAAUACGAACAUAGACGUCUUUCGGGAAGUCCAAAGACAGUCGGUGGCUACAAGGCAACUUGGCUCAAUGCUCUCGCAGAACGUGAAAAGCAGCUAGCUCAGGGCAAAAUUAUCGAUUCCUACGUUUACAACUCUGUAAAGUCUACAGAAGUGGGUGAAAAGGCUCGUAAGGACUCGUUUGCAUAUUUGACGCUUCCUUUCCGUGACGAUGCUGGCGUCGCAGACUUUUACGUCAACGCCGCCGGCAGACUGAGAAUGGGUCAAAUUUUCCAAGAUUUGGAUGCUCUCGCCGGUAGAAUCGCCUAUAGACACACCUCCCCUGCCGAGCCCGUCAUUGUUACUGCGUCCGUUGACCGGAUUUAUUUAUUGAAAAACAUCGACACCAUGGCCGAUUACAAUAUUAUUUUGUCGGGCGCUGUGGUCUGGACAGGUAGAUCUUCUAUGGAAAUCGCUAUCAAGGCUACCGCUAUUCAAGGCGACCUACCCAAGACCAUCAAAGAAGAAAAUCUUUCAGAAGAAGACACUUUUUUGACCGCAUCUUUCACCUUCGUUGCCAGAAAUCCAGAGACUCACAAAUCUCUGUCUGUCAACAAACUUCUGCCUUUGAAUCAAAAGGAAUGGAUGGACUUCAGACGCGCUGAGUCACAUAAUGCGGCGAAAAAGCUCCGUGCCGCGAGCGAAAGUCUGGACACUAACCCUCCUACCGGUCAAGAGUCCAGAAUCAUUCACAACAUGUGGACUGCAUCGAAGCAGCUCGCCAAACUUCCCGAGAAGCCUUUGAACGUCAUGUUCAUGAAAGACACCAACGUUAAAUCUACCAUGUUCAUGCAGCCCCAGUACAGAAAUAGACAUUCCUACAUGAUUUUUGGUGGAUAUCUGAUGAGACAAACUUUCGAGUUGGCUUAUUGUGCUGCUGCAUCCUUUUCGCACUCUUACCCAAGAUUCAUAUCUCUAGACUCCACUCAUUUUAAAACACCCGUCCCAGUGGGCUCUAUAUUGCAUAUGGAUGCUACCGUGGUUCACACUGAGCACUUAUAUGAGAGGGAAGAUAAACCCAAGGUCGCCAAUGUGACCGACAAGACAGCAAAUGGUAGCACAAUCUUCCACUUUGACCCAUCGCCUAUCAACCAGCUAUCGCAGAGUCCCGACGCGAUGCUAAAUAAACCGGGUACCUUGAUUCAGGUUAAAGUUGAUACAAUUGUACAGGAGCUAGCGUCGGAAAAGAAGACUUCAUCCGGCUCAUUCAUUUUCUCAUACUUUGCUCCAAGAGAUACUAAUGGAAGUAGUACUCAACCUGGCUACGCUACCGUGGUUCCAGAAAGCUACUCUGAAAUGAUAGAAUACAUCAGUGCUAGAAGACGCGCCGUUGAUACAGCAAGUUACGCAAACAAUUUGAGGAGAAACAACAAGUUGUAA